UUAUAUAUAUUUUUUUUUAAUGAAAAGUACUUGAAAACAAAUAAGAUUCAUUUAUACCACUUUACGUCCUUAUCUACGCUUUAUAGCAAAAUAUUCAUUCAUUUGAUCUUUGCACUCGGCGUGGAGCUUCUAAUACACUCAAGUAAAAAAAAGCAGUAUACCCCAUUUGUUUGAAAACCUUGUGGUGAAUGACAAAAUCCAUGUAUAGCAGCUACUUUUACUAGAUUUGUAAAUUGCAGUUGGUUAAACAAUGAGUUCCCUGCUACUUUCAGUGCCAGAACUAGUAAACUCUUACAAAUCGUGGGUAUCAAAAAACCCACAGGCCGCAGGCGACUGGGAAACCACUGCCAAGUGGGUUUCUUAUUUUCUAGCAGGAAGAAUUAACAAUUCUCAUGUUGUUUCCGAGUUGAUUUACUGCUUAUCAAAUCUAUUGGUACUGUUAAAUGACAAUAUUAUUAGGAAAAAUGUAAACUCCACCCUUAAAAGCAGCGUCGACAAAAUAAAACUAUGGCUUUCAGUAGUUGAAUAUUCAGAGGUGUUUUGUGAGUUAUCUGUGCAGAAAAUAUGGGGCAACACUGGAAAAUGGAUUGUUGUUGUCGCAAUACAAGUAUUUAAAUGUGUGGCCAGGCUAUUGCUAGUAUAUAAACAUAAGGAAACCACCAUCGAGAACCCAAUUAUUCCACCAUUACAAAGAACUCAAUUAUCAAAAGACCAAAAUGCCAAUUCCACAGGCCUCGCGUCGGACAUUAGUCAAAGUUUUGUGACAUUCACCCUAAAGAGGUCAGGUAGAGUGGUUAGAAAAGUUGAGUCGUCCCCUCCAUUAGGUUUGAGAAGUUGGAAACCCGUUGAAGUUUCCAAAACUUCUUUGCCUACUAGUGAGACACAGACUGAAGGAGUUUUACUAAAAAGGCAACUUAUCGCCGAAACGCUUUACAUAUCUAAGCCACUGCUCCACUUAAUUUCCAUGGGUAUGUUCGGUACCAGGAGCUGGAAGCCUUGGAUGGUAUCAAUGGCAAUGGACUUGACAAGCCUUCAACUGUACAAAUCCACCCACAGAAAAUCUCUUAAAGGUCUAAGUGAAAAACAAAAAUUGCAACUGUCUAAGAGGACAAUCCUUUUACUACUAUACUUGAUUCGAUCCCCGUUUUAUGAGAAAUAUAGUAAGAAUAAAAUUGGUGCAUUCCUAAAUGCUUUAAGCCAAAAUAUUCCACUUGCCAAGCUUAUUUGUCAGCCGUUGUUGCAGUAUGUGCCUUUCUGGCAAAGUACAUAUUUUUAUAUGUGGUCAACGUAGAAUAGAUUUUUUUUAUAGUUAGCAAUAAUAUAUCUACUGUUAAUAGGGUAGUAUGGUUUAAAUUUGUUUUUCUAGAUGGAACCAGUUUUACCCAGGUUAACUUAGGACAGGAAAUUAGAGAUUAAGAGUGUUCCUAUUUAUGGUCUAUCCAAAUUUUUCGUUAAUUAUUAGGACAUACAGUAUGUAAUCGUAAUGAUUAUUAUACUUGUUGUGUUUGUUAUUAUCUAAUAGUAGAGGUUUUAAAAUUAAUGUAAAAUACAUUCUGUCAGUAAUUGCCAAAAUGUGAAAGAAAAAUUCGAAAUGUCUAAGUUACCUUACUAAGGUAACCUAAUAGUUCAGUCAUUUCACUAUUUUAAAAUAUAAUCUCCUUCCCUGCAAACUGUUUUUACGAUAUUGUCAUUAAUUAUUAUUAUAAAUAAGGACUUACAUAUUUUUAAAUAAAAAUAAAAAUAAAAUAA